GAGACGGAGACUCCAUCAUGUCGAGUCUCCACAAGAGCAGGAUUGCAGAAUUUCAGGAGAUCCUUAGUGAACCCAAGAUUGUGCUGCAGAAGCUCCGCAAACUUUGCUUUAGCGGGAUUCCUUUUGACAGUGGAUUGCGCUGUCUCUGCUGGAAGAUCCUCUUGAACUACCUCCCUGUGGAGAGGGCCUUAUGGAGUUCCCUACUGAAAAAGCAGAGAGAGUUGUAUGCCCAGUUCUUGAAGGAAAUGAUUAUACAGCCUGGAAUAGCCAAAGCCAACCUUGGGGUCUUCAGGGAAGACGUAACCUUAGAAGACCACCCACUGAACCCGAAUCCAGACAGCCGGUGGAACACUUACUUCAAGGACAAUGAGGUGCUGCUGCAGAUAGACAAGGAUGUCAGGAGACUAUACCCUGAUAUGGCAUUCUUCCAACGCCCAACCGAGUACCCCUGCCUGUUGAUCCUGGACCCCCAGAAUGAGUUUGAGACCCUUCGCAAGCGAGUGGAGCAGACCACACUCAAGUCACAGACAGUGGCACGAAACCGGAGCGGUGUCACCAAUGUGAGUUCCCCUCAUAAAACAUCAGCGCCUCAUUCACUGAGUGAGUAUGAAGUUCUGCCCAAUGGCUGUGAGGCUCACUGGGAAGUGGUGGAGCGAAUCUUAUUCAUCUAUGCUAAGCUGAACCCUGGGAUAGCCUAUGUCCAAGGGAUGAACGAAAUAGUAGGGCCUCUUUACUACACUUUUGCUACAGACUCCAACAGUGACUGGAAAGAACAUGCAGAAGCGGAUACCUUCUUCUGUUUCACCAACCUCAUGUCUGAGAUCAGGGAUAACUUUAUCAAAAGUCUGGAUGACUCCCAAUGUGGCAUCACCUACAAAAUGGAGAAGGUCUACUCCACUUUGAAAGAGAAAGAUAUGGAGCUUUACAUGAAAUUGCAAGAGCAGAACAUCAAGCCCCAGUUCUUCGCCUUCCGCUGGCUGACGCUGCUGCUGUCCCAAGAGUUCCUGUUGCCAGAUGUCAUCCGCAUCUGGGAUUCCCUCUUUGCCGACGACAGUCGUUUCGACUUCCUGCUGCUAGUCUGUUGCGCCAUGUUGAUGCUCAUUCGGGACCACUUACUGGAAGGAGAUUUCACUUUGAACAUGCGACUUCUACAGGAUUACCCCAUCUCAGAUGUUCAUCUGAUUUUGAAGAAGGCAAAAGACCUUCAAGAUUCCAAGUAG